AUGGAAGUCGUCACCCGGCUGCAGCAACUCACAAUCAUGGGAAAGUUAGUGCGUGGUUCCAUCUCCACCACUGCAAAACACAUGCAGUUGCACCGCACCACCGUCUCCAACAUCUGGGAAGGUUUCAAACGCAACCGUCGCAUGCCAUCCGGCAAACUAGGCCGCGUUGGCGGCAAGACGAUCCACACAUCCGACAUUGUAACUACGCUCGUCAGUGCGGUUCCCGAGGAACAGCGCUCAACAAUGCGCGACAUCUCCGAAGCCACCGGACUGUCCAUGGGCACACUGAGUCGACGCCUACGAGGCGGAACGAUUGAGCGCAAGAACACUCUAUUGCCGCUUGCACGUAAGUCGCUGCGCUCCUGCCGCGCUCACGAUUCCGCCGGCGCCAGAGCCAGCGGCGAAGCCGGUUUCCCUGAAACCCCAGCAGAAGUGACCUAUGCGUUUGACGCCAUGUGGGACGCUGUGCACCUCGACGAGAAGUGGUUUAACGCGGAGAAUGGCCGCCUAAAGGUGUACGUCGUCAAAGGGCAGUCCAUCAAGCGGCGUGUGGCGAAGAGCAAGCGAUUCAUUCCUAAGGUCAUGUUCCUGGCAACAGUGGCGCGUCCUAGACACGAUGAUGAGCGUGGUGUCAUGUUCGACGGAAAGAUCGGGAUGUGGCCUGGCCUUAAGCACCUGCCCGCCACCUGCAACUCCCGCAACCACCCCGCCGGCACGAUUGUCCCUACAAUCGUCAACGUUGAUGCAGAAUUGUACCGCGACUACGUCAUUAAAAGGGACAACGCGGCGUCGCACGGCGCUAUCACCGAAGCAAUCUUGGCCUGUGUGUCCACCGAUGGUUGGACUUUCGUAGUGCAGCGCCAACCGCCCAAUAGCCCCGACCUGAACGUGCUCGACUUGGGGUACUUCGUCUCCAUCCAGUCUCUACAAAACAAGUUGGUGAGUCGCUCCAUUGAUGACGUGAUUCAAUCGACGCUUGCAUCCUUUGAGGCGCUCAGCUCUGAAAACCUUGAGAAUGUCUUCCACGCUGUUCAGGCCGUCAUGCGUCUUGUGCUUGAACACAACGGUGCCAACCACUUUCCCUUACCCCAUCUCAAGAAGAACGCCAAGCGACGCGCGGGGACACUUUUGGCAAACUUGUCCUGUCCAGCUUCCCUCUUAGACUAG